AUGGAACUGCCGGCAGGGUAUGUUGGAUUUCCUAUUGGUUUUUUUGCUUCUAGGCCGCAUUAUUUAUUGUGUUUUCACGCGACGUCCAAAAAAUUUGUCGAUAAGGUCAAAACAUUAUUUUAGGAUUCAAGUCUGGGCAUUUUGACAGCUGUUUGCCUAGUACAAUAUAUUUUUUUUAUUUUUGAAGUUUUCAACUUAUUUUUUCUGUUUUAGCGACCGAAUGGUAGUAGAGCCCGAGCCGGACCGAGAGUUUCUCAAAAAGCUAGCCGCUGCAGUUGUCAUAAAGGAAUCCUCAAAGGUCUUGAUACCUCCAAAAUCAACUGCAGAUUUCUCGCAAUGUUGUGGGUAUCUUCGACAAACCGAUGUAGAAGCAAUUCUAAGACAAUCACAGAAAUAUAAACGAAUUCCCAAUCCUAGAUUUUUCGAAUAUUUUACCGAUGGAAUUCGGUAUCCCACUUCGAUUUUACCCAUCAGAAGAAACCCGAUUGGAGAUCAAGUUUUCUUUGAAUUACUGAGAGGACAGAAGGAUACAUUGCUUGAAUUAGAUCUUGAGGGGAAUUGUGUAAGUCUUUUGACUAUUUCUCCUUGGUUUUUAGGGCAAAGUGGCCUUUGUGUUCAUCUUGAUGAUCAAAUCUCAUGGAAGAUAUAAUGUGUCGUUCGAUUUUCAGAGUCUUGGUACUCGACAGCUUCUGGACCUCCUAGAGGCACACAAGGACAAUCUCCCACAUUUGGAGCGAUUAAUAGCAUCGGAUCAAUUGCUCUUUGAGACCUACAAUGAAAUGCCCUCAAGCCAUCGAGCAGCCCCGUUGGCAUUUGGAGAUGGCGUCCCAUUUGCUGACGAUGAAGCCGAUUGUUGUGAACUAAAUCAUCCAGCCUGCCGAUUAGAACUUCCGGAAGCCGGCGGAUUCCAAGAAAACAUGGAGAUUGACCAAGACUUUGAGGAAGUAAAACAAUUUACCAAAUAUUUCCCAACUCUCAGGCAUUUGCGUCUUCUCAAGGAAGCGGUAAGUGAUGUGUAUUUAUUUGUAGUAAGUGUUUUGUUUUUAGAACCGGGAAUUCCUUCAAAUCUCGGAGAAUCGCCUCACUUUCCUCACCAGAAUCUUGACUCCUCUGAAGGAGUUAAUUACUCUCGAAUUGAUCAGAUGGGAUAAAAUUGGGAGGCUGACGUUCCUCCCAAUGAUGUCUGAGACUCUGACGUCGCUUGUGCUCUAUGAUUGUACAGAUGUUCAUGAUUCUAUCGAUGAAAUUUGCGAGUUAAAGAACUUGGAGUAAGUAUUUUCUUUAUGAUUUUUUUGAUUUUUAGGUAAACACUCAAGGAAGAUGUUUUAUACAUCAAAUAACAAAAUUGAAGAAAUUAGAGUAAUUUUACAUCUGUUUCUUUCAGAAAGUUGGAUAUUGCCUUUUCGAAUAUAGCCCGAGGCAUGUUCCGAUGCCCAGUAACGACUCUCCACAAGCUCGUUUCCUCUCUCCCAAAGUUGAAAUACCUCGAUAUUGCCAACACAAAUCUCUCAUCCAUGGCCGCUGCAGAUGAUCGACCACCUCGGUAGGACUUUUAAACCCAGAAAUUACUUUUAGAAACACGGAAUCUUUAUUUGAGUUUAUCUUUCCUUGUUUUAGGAGGAAUAUUGUAAUGACGGAUGUGUAUGGACUGGAUGGAUUAGAUCACCAGCUAGACUUUGUCAGCGUCUUCCGUUGUGAAUCCAUUAGUUCGAAUACGAAGCUCCCGGCGAAAGUAAUCUGCUCGGAUAUGGACGAGGAGAAGCUUUUGAUAGCUAUGGAGACCUACAUGGAUCGGACGGAACUGCUUCAUCUUGUGCUAAAUGAGCUUUAUCAGUUCUAUAGAAUCAAUCAACAGGUAAGAUUUGGAUUUAUGAAAGGAUUUUAGAUGUUUUUUGAGUUAUUUUUGGGGUCAUUUUGACUUUUUAUAUUGUUGUAGGGGAUUUGUACAUGUUGGUAACUUUUUUGAAAUUUUUUGAUUUUCAGAUUGUCUGUGAAUACGGCAGAGGACUCGACUUGAUCAUUAAAGCCCUUCAGAGGCAUCACAACCAUCGAGCAAUCCAAAUUGCGGGCACUGCGGCCAUCUUCUACAUCAUAAGGAACGUCCAAUUGAGUGUUUCAAUUCGACGAGAUGUCGUCGAAAUCAUGUUAGAUGGUAAGAUCAGAAAGACAGUUAGAUAUUUGAUUGAUACAUAUUCAAUUUAAAGUAUUAUUUUGCCAUUUAUAGCCAUGGAAAACUUCCCGGACGAGACGAUUAUUGUCCGGAAUUGUUGCCUCGCCGCCUGCCAAUUGGAUGUGCCCGCGGAUGUGGCGUUUGCAUAUAAAAGAAUGGUCAAAGUCCUUGUUCACAUCCUCAACAAUCAUUACGCGGAUUCAACCACUCCCAGAGUCGUGGUCUAUCUUUUGAAUUCCAUGGCAUGCCAUGUGGAAGGUGAACAUAAGGUGGAAGUGGGCAAUUUUGGAGCAAUUGAAGCUGUUGUCGACCAUAUUAGACGUAAAACCAAACGACGGAUUUGUGAUGAAGUUCUGGAAGUCAGUUGGAGCUUUUUGUGGAACGUUACGGGUCAGUUUUAUAUUAUUUUAGGUAUUAAUUUGAAUUUUUUUAAAUUUUGGUUGAUUUUAUGGCUAAGUUAAUGUGAUUUUUGCAGAUGAGACCCCUUUGAACUGUGAGAUGUUCCUGCGGUCUGGUGGAAUGGACCUUUUCCGUCGCUGCCACUCGGAGUUUUCGACCAAAAAGGAGCUGGUCAGGAACAUGAUGGGAUUGGUCGGAAAUAUUGCUGAAGUACAGGAAUUGAGGGGAUAUCUGAUGAACGACGAACUGAUUAGGAUAUUUUUGAGUCUGUUGGAUCAGAUGAGCGAUGGAAUUGAGACAAGUUACAACAGUGCGGGAGUUUUGGCACAACUUUUGAGCGACGGAAUCGAAAAAUGGACAAGUCAAGUGUCGCGGCAGGAGGUUACGGAUAAAAUCGUUAAAGUAAGUGGCAUUUUUUAUCUUUGAGAGUUUGAUUUGAGACAUUUGAGACAUUUGAAAACGAUUUUUGAAACAUUUUUCGAAAUUUUUUUAGUGGAAUAUAAUUUUUGUUUUAUUUUUGCCAAAAAUUAUUUGUAACUUUUCCAGACCACCCAACAAUGGCCCAUGGACUCCCGGCGCUUCAUAAACUACAGAUCUUUCAAGCCGAUCAUCCGAUUAAUCCCCAUGUUUGACUCGUACGGAUCUCAGAUCUGGGCUUUAUGGGCCUUGGCCAAUCUCACAACCACGGAUGGAGAGAAAUACUGUCAGUUUAUUGUGAAAGAAGACGGAUUACAUGUGCUCCAAUCGCUGGUUAAGGACAAACGAUCGACGGAUCAGAUCUUGGAACUGGUGAAUCAGAUCAUGAAUAACUUGAAUAUGAACCUCGGCCUUCCAACCACGGCUCUUAUGCAGGUUUAG